GUGUGCGCAGAGCAGUGCACCCAAGCGUAAUCUUCUACCGUUAUCUCAAAAAAUGGGAGGGCGCAGCUGCUUGAACCUCCUCCCUUGCUCGACCUCCACCCCCUGCAGAGCCAGCGCGGCCGCUUCGUCAUGCCGCUACUUCGUCCACCACCACCGCACCAGAGCGCGCGUGCAGGCCUCCACCGGGAGGAGAGGCGCGGCCAAGGUCUCCUGCUCCGCUGCCUCCGGGCAGGCGCCGCCGUCGCAGAGCACAAUCAAGGUGGUCAUCGUCGGCGCCACAAAGGAGAUCGGAAGGGCGGCGAUUGCGGCGGUGAGCAUGGCGAGGGGGAUGGAGCUCGCGGGCGCCAUUGAUACCCAGUGCAUUGGGCAGGAUGCAGGAGAGAUAAGUGGCAUGGAAGAACCCUUGGAGAUCCCCGUGCUCAAUGAUCUCACCAUGGUUCUGGGAUCCAUAGCACAGUCAAGAGGAACUGGCGUGGUUGUCGAUUUCAGUGAACCUUCUCUUGUCUACGACAAUGUCAAGCAGGCAGCAGCAUUUGGCUUAAGCAGCAUCGUAUACGUUCCAAAAAUUGAGAUGGAUAUAGUGACUGAGCUGUCAGCAUUCUGUGACAAAGCAAGCAUGGGUUGCUUGGUCGCUCCGACGCUGUCAAUAGGCUCGGUACUCCUUCAACAAGCUGCAAUCCAGGCCUCAUUCCACUACAACAAUGUCGAGAUUGUGGAAUCAAGACCUAACCCAUCGGACUUGCCAUCGCAAGAUGCAAUACAGAUUGCAAACAACAUAUCUGAUCUUGGUCAGAUAUACAACAGGGAAGAUAUGGACUCUGAUAAUCCAUCAAGAGGUCAGGUACUCGGAGAAGAUGGAGUACGUGUGCACACCAUGGUUCUUCCAGGGCUUGCUUCAAGCACAUCCGUCAUUUUGUCAGGCCCUGGAGAGAUUUACACCUUGAAGCAUGAUGUUACAAAUGUUCGGUGUCUUAUGCCAGGACUAAUUCUGGCAAUACGGAAAGUGAUUCGGUUGAAGAACUUGAUCUAUGGUCUGGAGAAGUUCUUGUAGGAAAUGACGGACUUGCACAUGAAGAGAACUACAGUUUUUGACAUUCCGGCGGUUCAUGAUAAGAGAUAAAUGAGAUCAAAUCAAUUCUUUGGCUCAUAAUCAGAAGUAGCGCCAGUGGCAAGGCGAGAACCCUAUGAACGGGAUGCAGAGUUUUUAGAAGAGUCGCUCAGCAAACAUAAGAUGACACUUCUGAUAGCGCUCCAGGGCAAAACGCAAGCUGUUGACAUGCUCUGGGGUUACCUGAUGGCUUGCUCUAGCUGUUGACAUGCUCUAAGGGGUUUACUUGAUGGCAGGGGUCUGCUUGAUGGCUCGCUAUAGUUGUCGAGUUUUUUUUUUUCAGAAACACUCUUAAAGAAAAAUUAUACGUGUACGCACUAGGGUGUGGAUCCUUGCUAGUGUAUCCUUUUUUCAA